CUCAUGCAUGCAUGUAGAUCUUGAAGGAAAGCAUUUGAUUAGAAUAAAUCAGCAAAAUCAAGCAAACUUAUAUUUGAAACUGAUUGGUCACACUUCAAUCAGGAUGUUUACACAAUUUCAUAAUCACUCAUGAGGAUUUGUCUUUUUUGCUUAGCUUAGUUCAUAAUCUAUUUUAUCUGUAAAUUGGAGCUGUCUAGUGCUGAAAUAUAUUGUCUUUUAGAUCAAAAGACUAUGCAAAUAUAUGCAAAAAAUGAUUCAUUCUUUGAAUUUAAUUUCUGUUCAACAAGACAUUCAGUAAGAUUUAAAGUAGCACCUCUUGUUGUUCAAGCACAGAUACACCUGGGGGCAGCAUCCGAUUAUUUGAUAUGACAAGCAACAGCAAGCAAGAAACUCAAUUAAUGCCUCCUUCAACAACCACAACAUUACAUUGUCAUAUUUGUAAAUAUAAAAUGAGGUAAAGGAUUUACCUAAUAUAAUAGUAGCAGAUGGGUUACUUAACCAUGGUUCAUUGAUAUUGAUGGUUCAUUGAUAAUGUAAUCCUCUUCAAAACCCCUAUAUUUCAGCAUGAAAAAGUAUGAAAACGAGUUGAAAGAACCCGCAUUCUUUAGGACCAUGGGGUAAACUGUCCCAUUUUGCUUGGGACCUUCAUCCAACACUAAACUGAUAGCCUAGGUAAGGUCUGAAAGGUUUCUAUUCGACACAUUCACAUACAAAGCACAGUGCAGCUGCCUUCGCUUCACAAGUAAGAUGCUCUUCUUGUGGUAUGUCUGUAGCUUGUGUUGCUUGCAUGCUGCUGCAUCUGUUCCCCGCUGGAUUCAUCCAAUCUGAGCAGAAGCCAACUGCAACACCCCCAUUGCAGGCACACAAAAGAAAAGUGUAAUUGACUGAUGUUUUUUGCUCUGCUUUUUGGAGGGUGGAAAUCGGACUGUUGGGGCUUGGGUUUAACACUUUUGGGCAGAUUAGGCGGAGACUCGGAGUUCUGGCUAGAUGUAUUUGGGAUAGCUUGUAGAUAAUUACCAGAGAAAGGGAACGAGCCCUGACGGAUUGAUAAACCCUCUGUCCACUUAUGUUUCCCACGGGAUCCAGCCUAUUCGCCGCAGAACGCCCUUUCACCUUGGAAGGAGAGUGCAGCCUGCCAUCCCAUGCCUUCCCCAACCCAAGGCCCCUAUGAGAGAGGCCUUUAAAGAGGAGGGGAUUUGAUCAAACAAUCCAGCUCUCUAAGCCAGUAUGGAGAGUGGACCAGGACAGGGAGCGGGGUCAGGCUCGAGCCAGGCUGUGGAGGCUGAGCCCCCCACCCAGCGGAUGACUUCUCCAAUCGGGAGAGGAAGGAAUGCAGGGCUGGCCUCCUGCAAGCACAACGGUCUGAUCAACACCCGCAGCUUGAUGGUAGAGACUAAAGAAGGGCUGGUGUCGGUGUACUCGGCCCCCCAGUACCAGGGUCACAUGGUGGUCAACCUGUCCCCUCAGCAGGAGCAGAAUGGUCAGGGGGUGGGCGGAGGAGGGGGACCCCCACAGCUGCUCAACCCCAGCGCUCUGCCCCAGGGCAUGGACCCCCGCUUCAGGCCCAACCUGAUCCUGUACUCUGAAAACAUGCUGCGGGCCUGGGGGGAUGGAGGAGUCGGGGAUUGCUGUGAGACCACCUUCAUAGAGGACUUGGCAUCCGGCUCCUCUGCUGCCUCCACGGACGGGCUGAUGUUUGCCGAUGGAAAGUUCCUGGAACUGUCUGUGGAUGAUGCAAAGAUCCAGACCCUGUCUUAUGACAUUGACGAUGAUGAUGAGUUCCAAGAGCUGGAGAGCGAGUACUCGAGCGACUCGGAGAGUGAGGACAACUUCCUCAUGAUGCCACCAAGAGACCACUUGGGCCUGAGCGUCUUCUCCAUGGUGUGCUGCUUCUGGCCCCUGGGGAUCGCUGCCUUCUACCUGUCCCACGAGACGAACAAGGCAGUGUCUAAGGGGGACUUCCACUUGGCCAGCUCCAGCUCCAGACGUGCCCUCUUCCUGGCUGUGCUGUCAAUCACCAUCGGGACAGGCAUAUAUGUGGGCCUGGCUGUAGCGCUCAUCGCAUACCUCUCCAAGAACCACCACUUGUAGCCUUGCCCUGGCCCCACCCCCUGCACUACAGGACUGAUUGCGCUGGGGGAGUGGUUCACUUGGGGGCAGUUUAACAAUGGAAUUUAGGCCUGCAAACUAUGGGACUAUCAGGAUGAACAGAACCUGGCCAUAUGGUUGACUCAAUUCAUGGGAUGUAACAUAAGAGGGUUAUGAUAUGGAAAAUAGUCUUGUAAUGGUCAAGUCAUUCUCUCAUUUUGACAAAGAAAAACUGGAAACUCUUAGUCGUUCCAUACGCAACUGAAUAUUUUGUUCUUCAGAUGUCUAAAAUUGGUGUGUGAGUUUUACCAAGGCAAGACACAUCCUUUGAGAGUUCAGACCAACCUGCACUAAAUAUUACCUGUACCAAGGGCGUAGUGUUCGUUUACGGGGCAUGCUCUCUGCUCGGUUAACAGUGAGUUGUGGAGUGGGUUGCUUUAUGUUCAGCUACAUUUACCACACUAUCAGUCACAUUUGGCAGCUCCUGUUGAGUAUAAAGAGGGUGGAUAAAAGUGCUUUUAAAGCUGUCACUCAUCCAUACAUUCAACCUGUAUACAUGUAAUCUACAUCACAUUGAAUUGAUCUGUGGAAGUCGCAUAGUAGACACUGCAGCUCACUUAUUAAGUAAGGUGAUGGUCUAUAUACUGCACUCUAAUACAGUAUCUUGGUGGUCCUAUUAUCUCAAGGGAGAACUGAUGUGUCCUCACGGCACAAUAUUUUUUAACACAUGCCACACACCUGAAAUGUGGAGCUUUGUUGUAACCCUACGACAACAUGCUUUUGUGUUUCGUCAGGGACAUCAAGUGCACAGGCUUGCAGCUCUCUGACAGAACCUGCUUACACAGAGAUACCUCCAUGUUGAUAGGCACAAACCACUAAGGAAGAGAAAGCAGACAAGUCUUUGGAGGCAGAAGCCAUGCUGUAAAUACCUCGAUACAUGCCUAACUGCAAUAUUUUUUUUUGCAAUACUAUUUAUUUUCCUGUUGUAUACUGCUACUAUGUAUGGGCGGCACGUAGCCUAGCAGUUAAGAGCGUUGGGGCGGUAACCAAAAAGGUUGCUGGUUCGAAUCCCCGAGACGACUAGGUGGGAAAAUCUGUCUAUGUGCCCUUGAGCAAGGCACUUCACCCUAAUUGCUCCAGAAUUGCCAUCAAUAAUGGCUGAUCUCUGGCUGUGACCCCACUUUCCUAGGGUGUCUCAGGGGGAGUGAGUUAUGCAAAAAACACAUUUCCAAUUCACACAUAUGUAUAAUACACACUUGUACAUGUGUGAAGUAGGACAAAUGUAAUUAUUAUUAUGUCAAAACUGUCAAUUUUUGGGGGAAACUCAUUGGACUCAGUGUUUGACAUAAAAGUGCUUGCAAAUUAAAUGUAUUUCCAUAAAAAAAAUGGCUGAUUUCACAGUCUGACUUGGGUUAGUUCAGCUGCUAAAAUUAUAGUUUUUUCCCUUCAUGCACACAGUAUUACCACAUUAAGUAAUAUGGUCUUGCAGGUUAGGCUAUUUUUUUGCAUAUACUGUACAGUAUAAAAUACUUUUUUUAAAAAAUACUAUGUGCAAUGUAAAGGCUUCUAACAAACAAAAAUAUUACUUGAACACACCAAAAGAUUACUGAGUGUUUAUUGAGGUCAAUAUAGACCUACAUUAUGGACCCUGCUCAAGCAUCAGGUUUCUCCACUCACUCCCCUAACUCCCUAUCCUCUCCUCCACUGCACACACACUAUUGCAACUCUAUUACACCCAGCCUUGCACCCAAGAAUGACUAAUCACCUGCACGCACUGUGCAUAUUUCAUGGCAGCAGAAACAUCUCACUGCCUGUCAGAAAUAUUAGCUUGCCAGGCGCCCAGAUGAUUUAUACAUUUUACAUGACAUUGCGGGCACCUUAAUUGCUCCAACCCCUCUUCUUCUGUCCCUCCUAUAUGAUAUGAGAGUGUGGGAUUGGGUGAUUGGAGGUUUGGUGAGUGGGACCCUGUGGACACGAUCAGAGGGAGGCCGGGUUUCUCUCUAAUUAAUGAAAACGUAAUUCAGCUCAGAGCGGAUGUUCCGCUGGCUGUAAUUAACGCGUCUCUUUGUGCUUGCCAAGACUUCAAUGUCGGGGGGGCUAUAGUUGUAUCAUAACUAUAUGUGACAUGAGAGAGACUCAGUGGUAUUGUACUCAAAACAACCUGUAUUCGUCACAUGCUUCCUAAACAACAGAUUGUAGACUAACAGUGAAAUGCUUACUUACAUGGCCCGUCCCAACAACGCAGAGAGAAAGACAAUAGAGAAGUAAAAUACGUAACCAUAAAAAUAAUACCAAUAGGCUAUCAGACUCUGGUUGAGUCACAGGGGCUGGAAACCCAGCAGAGGUAAUAACAACAGCCAUUCUGUAAAUGCAAGGAGGAUUGAUGGUAAAGAAGACACCUACCACCUAGCGUUUAUGGCUAUAGACUGGAAUGGUUAAGAUACCCUUUUUUUAGAAGGCACGGGGAAAUUGGAUUGCAACAAUAACCAUGGAAAUCAAUAGCCUAUUCCAAUAUCGGUAUUGUCUAGACCUCCAACAUGUGUUACGAUACGAUAAAGAAGCAGAUGAGACACUCUUUUGCAUUUUGGCCAUCAAAGUAUUGGACUCGACCAUACACAGACUUUUAACAUCUAUUGACAGCACUGGAACAAUGCAUUAGAGCUCUCAUUGUUAAACAGAGGGCCCCUUAUCACCAGAAAACUAACAAGCAACUCCAAGGCAAUGAGCUGCCAAUAGGGAUAAACGCCUGCUGCGAACAUCUGUGUGCUAAGAGCAGCCCACAACCCUAUCUAAUAAGGGGUGAAAUGGUGGAGGGUUGGAGAGCGGGGGACUGAAGGAGUGGGGGAAGAUGGGUAAUUAGCUUAAUGCACAGUGGCUUCAACAAUGUUUUUGUUAACUAGCAGGACAUCUGAUUUGAAAAGCAGAGAUGAUGAUUGUGCAGUCUAUUCAUAUCUGCAUUGUCGUAUCCUCUAAAACAUGUGAAGGGCAUUGAUUAUGGUUGUGUACUGUAAGACUGCUCUUUGAGGCAGAGUUGGCAGGGUAAGAUCUAAAAGGAGAUAUGUUUUAAUUCAAAUGUCGAUUAGCACAACACCCCCAUUUGACACUUAACUCUCAAUGUCAAUCAUUGAGUCAAAUACAGUGUUCGGCUCCAGAGAUUUGAUAGGUUAGACAAAAGAUGUAUAGUAGCACUAGCUACAAUACAUAUCAUUGCUGGUAGCAACAAAAAGUGAAUGAAAUGAGAAGUUGCUACCAUUCAUCACAUGGUGUGGUUCUUGUGGCGAGGAGGAAUCUAGUCGAUGAAUGACAGCAGCUGUUUUUCUCCCAAGGCUCAUUAAUUGUAAAUGAACAGUGAUUGAGUUUUCUUCCACAGAAAAACUGGGUCUGGCUGGGCUCUGUUGAGUAGGAGACACAGAGGGACAGACAGGUUUACAUUAGCUUUUGCAGCAGUUUGACAUUUGUGACUCGUUUUAUGAAACUAGGUGUAUGUCGCGUGUCACUACUUCACAGGAGAGCCAUUUGAACAUAAACUUUAAAAAAUAUAUAUAUCAUUUUUGGGCAGAAUUGCCUUUUGGAACAUGUGAACUUUCACGUGCCUUAAUAACAAACUUGUAUGCCAUCUGUAAAUACGAAUAAAUACAAAUAGUUGGUUUAGCCACCGAAAAAGACAGGAACCUUUCCACUAGCCAUGAUUGGCUGAGAGAAAGGCUGAACAUGCAGAGAGAUGAGUUUGUAGCACGCUUCUGUCUAUAACAUGAGCUGGUCAGUACGUGUAUGUAAUUUCCUUUGUAAUGCUGCUUUUUUUAAAUAUAUCACAUAGUAGAACUACAAAAGUGCUGCUCUCCACUUUCUGGAAGACCCAGUUUUGAAAUCAGUGGAAUGCCUGGUGCAAUUAAGAGUAUGAUAGCUAAGGAGAUGGAGAAAAAUCUCACGUUUAAAUGCAAAUAUGCAGAGGGGUCGAAAAGAGAACACAGAAGGCUGUUGUAAAAAACACUUGUCUCCGGAUAACAUCUUCAAACUAAGGGCAACCAUGGCAUCCGUGACAGAGAGGGAGAAGCGUCCAUCCAUGUAUACGGGUAAGAUAGUCUAGCUAGCUAAAUUUUCAGAUAUUAUACGUUCCUAUACGUUUUCAUUUAAAGUUCAAACUUACUGUUAGCUAGCUAGCUAAUGUUAGCUUGCUGGCUUGCUAGCUAACGUUACAUUACAUGUAUGAUCUGUGUAGUAAUAUUAAUUGUUUCUCAGAGCCAUUUACAUUGCUAGUUAUAGCCUAAUGUUAGCUAGCUAGCUAACACUGAACCUGGUUGGUUAGCUACCUGCAGAUUCAUGCAGGGUAGUAAUGUUAUGAGUUGGGAUUAUGGUUCAUUGUUUAGCUAGGUAGCUACAUGUCUAAACAAAAGACUCCACUAUGCAAGUAACUAUUUCACUACACUGUCUGUAUCCUGUGCAUGUGACAAAUAAAGUUUAUCAAAUGAAA